AGUUGUAGAAGUUAAUUGACAGUUGAACCAAUGUUGGGUUUAUUUAUUGUUAUACUAGCUUCCUGUUGUACUGCAUCUGCUGAUGUAAGCUGUGGAUAUCAUUCAUGCAACCUUGGAGAAGCAGAAAAAUUGAACGUACAUCUUGUUCCACACACGCAUGAUGAUGUUGGUUGGUUAAAAACUGUCGACCAGUAUUACUAUGGAUCAAACUCUAGCAUAGUGAUUGCUGGUGUGCAAUAUAUUCUUGAUUCCGUGAUCCCACAGUUGUUAUCUGAUCCUUCAAAGCGAUUUAUUUACGUUGAAAUUGCUUUUUUCUCUCGUUGGUGGGAGGAACAGAACGAUGCAAUGAAAGAAAAUGUGAAACAACUUGUACAAGAAGGUCGUCUUGAAUUUAUACUUGGUGGAUGGUGUAUGAAUGAUGAAGCAUCCACACAUUAUAAUGCAAUCAUUGAUCAAAUGACGCAUGGGUUAAGAUAUUUAAACGACACGUUUGGUGCUUGUGCUCGCCCCCGUGUGGCGUGGCAAAUCGACCCUUUUGGACACUCGAGGGAACAAGCAUCACUUUUUGCUCAAAUGGGUUUUGACGGCUUGUUCUUCGGAAGACUUGAUUACGAAGACAAAGAAAACCGUGAAAAAAUACGAAACAUGGAAGAAAUAUGGAGGGGCAGUCAAAGUUUGACUUCUCCACAUGCUGAUCUCUUCACAGGUGUAGAUGAAAAUGGGUACAACCCCCCUGAUGGGUUUUGUUUUGAUGCAUUUUGUCGUGACCAGCCAAUAAUGGAUAACCCAGCUUUGGAAGAUUAUAAUGUGGAAGAAAAAGUUGACAAAUUUGUUGCUGCAGCCUUGAAACAGGCAAACCACUUCCAAACCAACCAUAUAAUGAUGACGAUGGGUUCUGACUUUGAAUAUAGCAAUUCUAAUGUUUGGUACAAGAACUUGGAUAAGUUGAUUAAAUAUGUCAAUGCAGCUGAUAAAAACAUGACAUUGUUUUAUUCCACUCCAUCUUGCUAUUUAUACGCACUAAACCACGCUAAUGUUAUGUGGAAUAUUAAAAAGGAUGACUUUUUCCCAUACGCCGAUGCCCCACACCAGUAUUGGACGGGAUAUUUCACCAGCAGACCAGGAUUGAAGGGAUAUGUUAGAGAAAGCAACAAAUAUUUGCAGGUGUGCAACCAGUUAGAAACAUUCAUGCAUUUCAAAUCGACUUCACAUAAAUUGACAUCAUCUUCAAAGGUUUUGAGAGAUGCAAUGGGUGUUGCGCAACACCACGAUGCAGUGUCUGGUACAAGCAAACAACAUGUGGCUAAUGAUUACGCAAAAAGACUUUAUGAAGGCCGUGAAGAAUGCAACAAAGUUAUAAGCACAGCAUUGACUGGGAAUAACGAACAAUUAAUUUUCUGUGAUUAUCUCAAUAUAACGUUGUGUGACUUGACACAAUCUUCUAACCAGUUUGUAGUAAUGGUAUACAACCCACUCGCAAGAGGAGUUUCAAAAUAUCUUCGCAUUCCUGUUAAUUGCGAUGAUCAUUAUGUGUAUGUGGUGGAUGACCUUGCUACAAGUACAAGGUUGACUGUACAGUUGGUCCCCGUGAGCGAAGCAACAUUAUCUGUUCGUAGAAAUCGUGGAAGCGCAAAUUGUGAAUUAGUUUUCCUUGCUAAGCUGCCAGCACUCGGACAUAAUACAUUCCAGGUCACCAAACAUAAAACUUCAAAAACUGUUUCUUUGUUGAAAACAAAAGUUGAGAAAGUAAUUAACCAAGAUGUAACUAUAACUAACGAGUUUUACAAAGUGAAAUUUGAUGGCAACACUGGGUUGAUGGCAUCCAUUGAAAAUAUUGCAUCUGGCAUCACUGUACCAGUUAAACAGGACAUGUUAUGGUAUAAUGCUAGCAUGGGGAACGAUGAAAGCAAACAACAGUCAGGUGCUUACAUAUUCAGACCUAAUGUUUCAACACCAUUUCAAUGUUCUAAUGGUAAACCACAGCUUUCUAUAUUUAAAGGUAGCAAUCUACUUGUGCAAGAAGUUUAUCAAAAGUUUAGCGAUUGGGUUUGGCAAGUUAUACGAUUAUAUGCUGGUAAGAAACAAAUUGAAGUAGAAUGGACAGUUGGUCCAAUACCUGUACAGGAUAAAUGGGGCAAGGAGAUAAUUUCAAGAUAUGAAACUAAUUUGGAGACAAAUGGUUAUUUUUACACUGAUUCAAACGGAAGAGAAAUAUUAGAAAGAAGGAAGGAUUACAGGCCAACCUGGCAUCUUAAUCAAUCUGAGUCUGUAGCUGGUAAUUACUACCCAGUCAACUCAAGGAUUUAUAUUCACGAUAAUCAAGUACAGCUAACUGUGCUUAAUGAUCGAUCACAAGGUGGCAGUAGCCUUUCAACCGGACAGCUUGAAUUAAUGAUACACAGAAGACUUCUUGGAGAGGAUUCGAAAGGGGUUGGUGAAGCAUUGAAUGAAACCGGACAAUUUGGUGACGGUUUAAUUUCGAGAGGAAAACAUUGGUUGCUACUAGAUACAGUGACAUCAUCAGCAAAACAACAUCGUCUGUUGGCAGAAGAAAUAUACAUGUCUCCACUAGUGGCGUUUCAACACCAUGCACCAUCAACUACACAUGAAUCUCACGUCACCUCGCCCCUCCCACCAAACAUACAUUUACUCACAUUAUCAACAACAACUGAUGGUGGAUAUAUAGUAAGGGUCGAACAUCAGUUUGAGAAAAAUGAAGAUUCUACGUUAUCUAAGCCCGCUACUGUGUCUUUGAAGAAUUUGCUUACUGACUUUCAUGUAAGCUCUUGUGAGGAGUUAUUACUUGGUGGAAAUGCAUUUAAACAAGAUGUUACAAGAUUAAAUUGGGAAACAACAGAAAAACUUAAAUUUGCACCAGGCAUUGAUAGUGUUUCGAAUUUCGAAAAGCCCUAUGACGUCACUAAUGGUUUACGUCAACAAUUGGACAGCUGUGACGUCACUUUGGAACCAAUGCAAAUCAGAACUUUCCUGAUCAAAUAAUUUUUUUUGUUUUUUUUGUGUAUUUUCAUUUUCAUUUCACCGACCUGCAAGUUCAGAUGUUAUAGUAGGGUGGGGUAAGAUGGGACCACUUUAAAACACAGUACCUAAAUAUGCUGAUCGCGUUUUAAAUAAUUAACAACAGUCUAAGGGAGUCAUGAGGAUUCGGUUUCAUAAUUCUUUGAUUUUUCUUUGUUUACUUACAAAUGGAACGAAAAUUUAGAUCGAAAAGGUGUCCCAUCCUCCCCACCCCACUAUAUUUACAAAAAUAUAGUUUAUUUAUCAUGCUAAUGUAAUAUUUUGUUCUGUUUUGAUUUUCUCAUGCAAUAUAUGAAAUACAAAGUUUGCAUUAAACUG